AUGUUUAAAGCCAAUGCUGGACUCUUCUCCUUGGACAAAGGAACGACAACUGCCUCUUUUAUUACGAAAGACGGAAUUGUAGUUGCUGUCGAUUCGAGAGCCACUGCUGGCUCGUACAUUGCAUCUCAAACCGUGAAUAAAGUCAUACAGGUGAACAAGUACCUGCUGGGAACAAUGGCAGGCGGAGCUGCUGACUGCUUCUACUGGGAAAGGCUCAUGGGAAACUAUGCAAUGAAGCACGAGCUCCGAUACGGAGAGAGAAUUCCCGUUGCAGGAGCAGCUAAGUAUCUCUCUUCUGCCCUAAACCAGCACAAAGGAAAAGGCCUUUCUGUGGGGAGUAUGGUUUGCGGGUGGGGAUCCACUGGGCCUGCGAUAUACUAUGUUGAUGACUCUGGGAAUUGUGUUAAUGGGCAGUUAUUUUCCGUUGGAUCAGGUUCACUCUUUGCAUACGGUAUCUUGAAUCCUGGGUACAGAUACGACCUGGAGAAGGAGGAGGCGAUAGAACUUGCAAGAAGAGCUAUUUUCCACGCAGGACACAGUGACGCAUACUCUGGGGGAACUGUAAACAUCUACUUCAUAGACGAAAAUGGAUGGCAAAAAGUAGAUGCCCAGGAUAUAUCCUCUCUAUACGACAGGUAUAUGUAA